CUUUCAUUUUUGACAGAAUGACGCUGAUGUGCCUUCUGGCAUGGCCAAUCUGCUGACUGCUCCACUCAUGGCUAGAAAGGACAUCUCACCGGAAACUCUGAAUGAUGAAACUCCUAAUAAACUGUCCUGUGCUGAUCACUUCAAAUCUCCGACUCUGGGCCCUGAAAUGAGGUCCAUCCUCAAGCGGGUGGAUCGACCCAAAGAUGAAGAGACCCCGGUGAAGAAUAAACGGAGGAGAAGUCUUGCUGGCAUAACAGAAGAAACGAGUGCUGACAAUGUGAAGCAGCAUUCUCUAUUGAGGUCCAAAUCUUUCUGUGGUGCAGAAAUUGAGAAAGUACUCCAAAUUGAUGAUUGCAGACACAUGAUUGGAGAUUUCACAAAGCCAUAUAUAUUGCCUACUGUGGAGGGAAGACACCAAGAGUUACAAUAUAUAACUGCAGAGAUGGUAGUUCAGUUGGUGAACGGGAAAUUUGAUGAAUUUGUCGAGAGAUUCCUGCUUUUUGAUUGCCGAUAUCCAUAUGAGUAUGAAGGGGGACACAUUAAAGGUGCCCUUAAUUUGCACAUGGAGGACGAGGUGGAGAGUUUUCUGCUAAAGAAACCCAUUGUUCCAGUUGAUGAAGCUAAGAGAGUGAUUAUAAUUUUCCAUUGUGAGUUCUCAUCUGAGCGAGCCCCAAGAAUGUGUCGUUUCCUACGUGAAAAGGAUCGUGAGGUGAAUGGCACAGAUUACCCAAAACUGCAUUACCCAGAACUAUACAUUCUGAAGGGUGGCUACAAGGAAUUUUUCCCCAAAUUUAAACUUUACUGUGAGCCACAGAGUUACCGCCCAAUGAAUCAUGAAGAUUUCAAAGAGGAUCUCAGGAAAUUUCGCUUUAAGAGCAGGACGUGGGCCGGUGAACGAAGCAAAAGGGAUAUGUACAGCCGACUGAAGAAGUUGUGAGGACCUUGGCCUUUUAUGAUGGGUAGAAGGCUUUUCUUUGAACUCCUGGGCUGGUUCCAUGAUGCUGUACAAUAAUGCCUCCGAUCAUUGGUUGCCAGUGAAUACUGCAGUUAAUUAGGAUGCAGCAACUAGUUUUCAACAGCUUGGUGUUCCAUUACCUGUUCUCAACAAUGUUGAGCUAGUGAGAUGUGGGCAGGGACCACAGAUUCAACUUUUUUUAAUCUUGUGCCUAGUUUGGAGUAGAUGACUUCCUCAGCCAUUUGAGUAUGAAGACAGUGAAUGGGAACUGCUGCGUAAACAUGUACAAGGUUGAUUUUUAACCUACUGUGUUUCUAGAUGGCUGUUCUAUGUGUGUACACCCUGUGACUUGCUAAUGCAUUUAGUGUUAAUCCUGAUACCAACAGGGUUUCUAAUGUUGGAGACACAGCUUUCUCCACAGACAGGCCAGUUGUAUGAAUAAUGAUUUGAGGAGGGGGAAAAAGUGAAUGAGUUUCUGGAACGUCCACUUGUGAUCUUCCAUCAUGUAAAUCUGCCCUGUAAGGCCAGUGCUAACAAUCAUUUGGCCUUAGACUUAAAUAACUCACGAUUUAAGAUCAUUGCUAAUUUGCUUCCAAUUGUUCCACAUGUAAAUUGGAAGUAAGAACUUUGAGUCAAUGUUUUUCAUUAAGAAGUUGAAGUAAUCAGUCUAGCUUCAUUUGAGACUACACUGUAGCUUGAGUAGUCUGGUCUGUUCAUUUUUUUUCUAUAUAAAAGUCUCUAGUCCAUAUUUUUCAAAGACUAGUUAAAUUUGAGUAUAGCGCAUGGUUAAACUUCUGAUCUGCCAAACUGUUAAAACCACUAAGUCCUGUGAAAAUUGUUCAUGCAGCAGCACUUAAGAUUUGGAUUGGGAGCCUAGCUCCUGUGACAUUCUGCAAUGAAUACGGUGUAAUAAUAUUUCAUACAUUCUUGCAUUUUGAAACAAAUUUGCAUGAAGAACCAAAAAGCAUUGCCAACACUUUUCUAUUUGAGUAGUCCAUAUUUUGUGCUUGGCAUUCCUUUUUUCAAAGGUGUAUUAGCUCAAUCAGGUGAAUAAGAUGAUGUGUUGGAGUUUUGCAUACGUGUUCCUAAUUUUUAGCACAAGUUUUGUUAAACAAUAGAUGUGCACACUUGGCAAGUUUUAACUGGCACAAUGGAAUAGCAAGUAAAAAAAACAAUGUUAGGUGAACCAUCGAUUUAUUUUAUAGGAUUUUAAUCUGUUCCUGGACAAUUCAAUCACUUACAAAUUUCCAUCACUUUCAUAUCUUAAAUUUUAAAAUUUUACAUUCUUUCCAUACACUAAGAAAAGAUCAAUGGUAAAAUGUGAGACUAGUGACUUUGAGUGGAAGGAAAGCCUUACAAUUUUGACUAUUCACUGUUGCUGUUUUUAUAGGGGAGUGGGGAUUAUUAUGGCAUUCCUGGGGUGGGCGAUCUCCAGAUUUGGCUCCUGGACUGACUUACCUGCUUAACAUCUUUGUUUGUGCAACUUGUUAAAAUACCCAAGUUAUUUCCCCCUUUUUGAGCAAAGUACUGUGAACAAAGCAGUCCUUGUAUUUUCACUCCCCCUAAUUUAAAUGACCCAUGCCUAACUUCUGCAGGAGCCCAGAUAAAUCUCAAGGCAAGCACCAGAUGUUUGUGCUGCUCAUGGAAAGAGCGCUCAUUUUAGGCACUUGCUUUUGAACUCAGUUUGAGUAAUUCUAACAUUUUAAGAGUAUAAAAUCCACACUUACGCAGUCCUGAAAGUUGAGCCAUGUGGUUUAACCUGCUAAUCUUGAAGUUCUAGUUGCAACACUUCACAUUUGAACCUACAGAACGUUCUAUCGUUUGUACAUUUCAAUACACCAGUGUUUGGACCAUCUUAAUUUAUUACUCUAAACAUAAUGUGCAUAAGCCUGAUACAUGGCCAAUUACUCAAACUUAUGCCACUUUGAGCAUGAAAUUUAACUUCCCACCCAAUUUAUACUGCCUGAAAUGAUCAACACUAUGUUCAAUAAUGCAUAAGCUUGUGAAAACACUUGUAUAUUGAUCAUUACUGCCAUGGGGAUUGACAAUUGAGCAGUAAAAUGAGUGGUAAUAAGUGUGGAGUUGGUAUGAUGUAAUGCUUAUUUGGCAAUGUGGCUGUAAUAAUGAAAGUAUGGUUUAAUUAUUUGCUGUAGAGAUGUACUUUAGCCAACUGCCUUGAGUGCAAGGAAAUAAAUGGCUACAGAUGGAAAAUCAAA